ACUUUCUGCAUUAGAUUUCCGGAGUCAGGACUCCGGUUUCUACCGUUAUGACACCGUGGCCUUUGUCUCUGUGAGCUGGGCAAGUGGAAUAUCGUGAUCAUCAAAAGCUAUACUUCCAAAAUAGCUUCAAGUCCUUGCAACUCUUUUUCUUUAAAUUCACCUUUCUAUCUGUACAUUGCAGAGAUAGAUCACAUUCAAUCACGAUAUCGCGUCUCACGGCUGUACAUUAUGGAAGAUACCUUCUCGUCGAUAGACUCCAUGCCCGGUACCCCGGAGCCGGAGACCCCACUCACAGUCGAUCCUGCGGAUACAUCGCUGGAUAGCCCUGAUGGGAAGACAGAUGAGAAGAAGCCAGCAAAGAAGAGAAAGUCCUGGGGUCAGGAGCUCCCAGUUCCUAAGACCAACCUACCUCCUAGAAAACGAGCCAAGACAGAUGAUGAAAAAGAGCAGCGUCGUAUUGAGCGAGUACUUCGUAACCGUGCAGCAGCUCAGACCUCCCGCGAGCGCAAGAGGCUCGAGAUGGAGAAGUUGGAAAACGAAAAAAUCCAGAUGGAACAACAGAACCAAUUCCUCCUUCAGCAACUAGCACAGAUGGAGGCUGAGAACAACCGUUUGAACAAGCAAGUUGCCCAGCUGUCUGCAGAGGUCCGAAGUUCUCGUGGCAGCACUCCUAGACCUAGCUCGCCGGCUACCGAGUCACCGACUCUCACACCCACCUUGUUCAAGCAGGAGCGUGAUGAGCUCCCCCUCGAACGCAUUCCUUUCCCUACGCCAUCUCUCACCGAUUAUUCUCCCACCCUUAAACCUUCCACUCUGGCUGAGUCCUCCGACAUGACACAACAUCCUGCAGCGGUGUUGUGUGACCUGCAGUGUCAGUCGCUGGACUCGAAGGAGCAGGAAACGCUCUCCCACUCUUUGACCUCAGCGCAAGCGCUGAGCCUCACUCUGCAAAUGACGUUGCAGCUCCUCUUUCUGACGAUGACUUCCACCGCCUUUUCCACGGUGAUUCAUCCGCUGAGCCAGAUUCUUCAGUCCUUGAAGAUGGGUUCGCCUUUGAAGUUCUCGACGGAGGAGAUCUAUCGACAUUUCCCUUUGAUUCUAUGGUUAAUUUCGACCCCGAAUCUGUCACCCUCGAAGGCAUCGAGACGCCCCACGGUCUUCCGGAUGAGGCUUCUCGCCAGACUUCUAGCGUGCAGCCCAGCCUUGGCGCGUCCACUUCGCGAUGCGACGGGCAGAGCAUUGCAGCUGGCUGUUAGCGAGAAUUUCUCCCAGGGGAACUGGUCGGCCGCCGAAGGCCAUGAGAGUCGACAGAACUGGGAAUCCCUAUUAACCUUGGCUUGGGCGAUAGAUUGCCUUGAGAAGUCAGGACAUCGACGACGAAUUAUCAACGGUUUGAAUUCAGCGCAAGAUGGUCGGCGCAAUUUUCACGGAAAGUCUUAUCGGAGUUCACGGAGUUCAUGGAGUUCAAAUAAUACAACUACAGCCAAGACAUUGACGUCUUUGCUCAUGGGAAAGGAUUGGUGAGGGAUAUAUACCUGUACAAUAAUUAGUUUUACAACAUUAUGACUACCAGCAAUUAAUAUGCUAGUAGAAUCCAACGAUUUCCAAUGUCUUUACACCUUUCACAACAUAGUUCGUAUUAUUAGGAGAACGCUAGAUAUUCCUUCCCGUACCCCUCAAUACUCCAGUGGCAAUUGUUUCCGGCCCAAAGUUGCGUAGAGAGAAUCCCAUCAUUACUCAUGUAUUCCAACAAUUGGCCUUAAAUACUAGU